UGACUGCACAAAGUACCUCCUUGAGUUUCAGUCUGACGUGAAACACAGGCAGACUUUAAUCCAAGCACAAACUGUUCACAGACUAAUUAACUUGGAGAAUCAAGGAGACCCACCACCUAACGGAAUACAAAAAUUGAAAAGUGAUGAGGCUAACCAAGCCUACUUUAUUCACUAAUAUUCCAGUGACUUGUGAAGAGAGAGAUUUGCCAGGUAAUCUCUUUAAUCAGCUCAUGAAAGAUGAUCCUUCUACUGUAAGGGGAGCAGAAACUUUGAUGCUAGGAGAAAUGUUGACUUUGCCUCAAAAUUUUGGAAAUAUAUUCCUGGGAGAGACAUUUUCCAGUUACAUUAGUGUACAUAAUGAUAGCAGUCAAGUUGUCAAGGACAUACUGGUAAAGGCUGAUCUUCAGACAAGUUCUCAGCGCUUGAACCUUUCAGCUUCUAGUGCUGCAGUGGCAGAACUUAAACCUGACUGUUGCAUUGAUGAUGUGAUUCAUCAUGAAGUAAAGGAAAUAGGAACACACAUCCUAGUUUGUGCAGUAAGUUACACUACGCAGACAGGAGAGAAGAUGUACUUCAGAAAGUUCUUCAAAUUUCAGGUUCUUAAACCACUAGAUGUGAAAACCAAAUUCUACAAUGCUGAGAGUGACCUCAGUUCUGUGACAGAUGAAGUGUUUCUGGAAGCUCAGAUUCAGAAUAUCACUACCUCUCCAAUGUUUAUGGAGAAGGUUUCUUUAGAACCAUCUAUGAUGUAUAAUGUUGCAGAACUGAACACAGUUAAUACAGCAGGGGAAAGUGAGUCUACUUUUGGCUCAAGAACUUAUUUACAACCUAUGGAUACACGUCAAUACUUAUACUGCCUAAAACCAAAGCAAGAAUUUGCAGAGAAGGCUGGAGUAAUAAAAGGUGUAACAGUGAUUGGUAAACUAGACAUUGUGUGGAAGACUAAUCUGGGUGAACGAGGAAGGCUGCAAACUAGCCAGCUCCAAAGAAUGGCUCCUGGCUAUGGUGAUGUAAGGCUUUCUCUGGAGACAAUACCAGACACUGUGAAUUUGGAAGAACCUUUUGACAUUACAUGUAAAGUAACAAAUUGCAGCAGUGAAAGGACUAUGGAUCUGGUUUUAGAAAUGUGCAAUACAAAUUCCAUCCACUGGUGUGGAGUUUCAGGAAGGCAACUUGGAAAGCUGCACCCAAGCUCAUCCCUCCAUCUUGCACUUACAUUGUUGUCUUCAGUGCAGGGAUUGCAAAGUGUCUCCGGCUUAAGACUUACAGACACAUUUUUGAAGAGAACAUAUGAGUACGAUGAUAUUGCACAAGUCUGUGUAGUUUCUUCAGAAGUCAAACAAAGCUGAAGAAAAAUUUCUGUACAGCUGAAGGGCUUUCUUUUUUUCUUGAUGUUUUAGUAGCUGAAUCAAAUUAAAAUGUGUAAAAGCAAAACCAAAUCCCUAUAUAUCUCUAAAUUUAACUAUUGCUUAUUUAAUUUCUCUGAGCAUUUCCUGAACAUUCUUACAUCUUUCAAAACCAUGCAUAUGCAUUCUGUCUACAGAAAAUAAAGCCUUUGAAUCAACUGCAGCUCUAGCAGAUUAUAUUGCAUUAACAUCACUCGGGUCAGGGGGUGAGACUGAUAUGAAACCGUAUCACUUUGUACUUAUUUUUGUUGUUUCAAUUAUUUUUAAACUAUUUAAACAGGUUUUAAAUUGCGAUUCUGACAAAACUGCUUCAGUUUUAAGGAACUGGCCUUUUACAGAGAAAUUCCUGGAAUCCAAACCCCUAAAAAGAAACACUUUUGUGUACUUGGCAGAGCAGAGUAUUUGCAUGGUACACGCAUAACCAUAUGAACUAGAGACCGAUACAGGCAUGAGACGAGGGAGUGCAGCUGGCACUGCUGAAGCACUAGCAGCUACAAAGUAGAGUAUCAGCCAAAGCGUGUGCUGGUUGUAGCUUCGUCUUUGGAAAAGAGCAGCAAUACAGCAAACCUUGUGAAGAGUUGUGUGUCCCUGUCAUACAGGGCAUGGCGUGAACAAGCAUGCUGCUUCACAAUUAGUAGAGAACUGAAACCAAGCAGAACUUGGGGCAUUUUAUAUUGUUAAACUGAGGUGGUGCAAACUAUUCUGCCCACCCCACAGGCAUUUAAGUGGAUUUUUAAGAAAAUUAGGAGAAAAAAACCUGCACGGCUGCCCUAGAUCAAGUUCUCCAAAGCAUAUGCAGGAAGGAACUCAGGACCUGGUUAAGCACUGAAUUGUAUUUUUCCUUGGCUUUGUUUUGACAAAAGAUGGAAGAAUUUUUGGCUGAAAUAUAUAAGGUCACCUAAAGGUAGCCAUUUACAGAAAAUGGUGACUGGCUUUACUAGCUAACUAGCGUUGAAAGAUUCUACCCAGUGGCCUGUCAUGUUUCUCGGCAACCAUACUGGCACAUAGCAACCUUACUUUUGACUUAUUUCACUUAAUUUUAUACACAGGAAAGCCUUAAGUAUAGAAUUCAAUUUCAAAACAUUGGAUAAAUGUAGGAUCAGCUUACUAAAUCGAGAGAAUGAGUCAAUACUGCAAAGAAAAUAAAUUAAAACUAGAUCCUGCACAUCCAAAAUAUGUUUAUGUUUGCUGCCCCCCAGUUUACUAAAGAAUGCAAUUUACCUGUUACUGUAAGUACAUCAACAAAUUAGAACAGUAAAACCGCAACUAUCCAGACAAAAAAGUAAGUAACUUUAUUUAUAACCUAUUUUCAAGUUAAACUGACACAAGUUGAAGGACAUGUAACCGUAUGGUAACAAGAGGUAGGAGGAGAGAUACAGAAAGGGUAGCAAAAGGCUGUUUGUCUAGUAUGACUUUCUGUAGCUCUGAAACAAUGUGUGAGUCCAAAGCUGCAGACUUGCUACAAAAUCAAACGUGCAACUGAAACACUUUCUCAGCUGAAUUUUUCAGUAAGCAUCUUUAUGAUCAGGCAUAGUUUAAAGAAUAUACCCCCAUGCAAACAGGUUACAGGAGUUCACAAUUCAAGGGCAAGACAUUUUCUUCUCUAACAGUUAUCACACCUAUAUGCUGAUGGAACAGUAAUGAUAUAAAACCAAUUCAGUGUUAAAUGCAUAUUUGCUUAGUUGAAUGAUAAACUGCAGUUGACCUUAACGCAGUAUUUCUAGGGAGUGUGGUUUACCACCUGAUCUAGGAUGAAAAAUUUUAGUGCAAAAUAAAGUGCAGUUAUUACACAGGAAAAGAUUCUUUCCUCACCCUGUGAUUAAGACAUAUUGCAUGACUGUGAAACAAUCUAGCCUAUUCAAGGAAAAAUAGACUUUAGUAUAAAUGAUCCCCUUGUUUCUGGUUUCAGUGGAAAAGCAUGUAAUGGCAGCUCCUGUUAUUGGUUUCACUGCUUUUCAUUUAGGCUAUAAAGCCCUUUCUGUUAAUAUACAAGAAACAGAAUGUUUUCAAGUUAAGUAGUGUGCCAGUUGUAGCACAUUCCUAAAUGGUUAGCUAAUGCCAUCAGUAUUUUAAUAAAUACUCUGGUUACAUAUUGUCUAUACUGGAGUUAAACCUAAACAUGACAAUAUUGCAGUAUGUGAAAAGAAAGUUACCACUCUAUAAAGAUGAUUUCAAGACUAGUUUUCAGGUAACUAACCGAUGCUUCAUCCCAUUUAACCCUGGGGGUAGUUCUCCCAUAAAUCCAGUAAGCUAUAUUUUACUUGACAGUACAACUUCUGCAGCCAGCCUUUGAGUACUGUUGUAGUUUGCUGUUCUCUAAGAACUCUCAAGAGGUUCUUCACACUUUUUUCUGUCUUAAAGUAGAAAGGUAACUGGCAGCAUGAAGAUAGCUGCCACAAAGUAAGUAUAAACUGAGUGUGAGAGAGACUGCAGUGCUGUCCAGCCCACUCUGGAUUUAUUGGUUCCCCUUAUCAAAGCUAGGAAAACUCACUUUGAGCAGCUGAAAAUAUGAAAGAGAGCAGUAAGAGGAACAGUGAAGUUUACCAGGAGACAUGCUAGGAGCAGUGCUUCUCUCCUGAUACAACAUGCCACUCCAAGCAAUGUUUGUACAGUAGUUGUAGCCCACUUACAGCUUCCAUGGCUCGCUCUUGUAAAUGGUAUCCUGUCCUAUUAACGUAACAGAACUUAGGUAGCAGUUUUCUUGAAUUCAGGAUCUGAACAACCUCUGAAAAAAAGAUGCUGUUAGAGAUUGUCAUCAGAUGUUAAUUCAGAAGCUGUUACUUGGAAAUGUAUUUUUAAUACAAAGGUUAAGUAUCUGUACAGCCUCAAAAAGGCAAGUAUGGAAACUUAGAGAAUUUAAAGAAGCAGCAUUUUAAUGCUGUGUAUAGGCAAGUUCUAUUGAAUAAAGUAUGCAAUGUGUUAAAGUUGUUUUAGUUGUUGUAUUGAGCUUUACCUCUUAAUUCAACAGAUGGCAAUAUAGAUUUCCUAUUUUUUUGUUUUCUCCAAUUCUUUUAAUUUCUCCUUGGAUCCAGCUGCAUUUCCACCCCUCUCCCUGUUUUAACAUGGGGAAGACUCAUAAAGUAGAUGCACAACUAUAAUUUCCUCAAGUCAAGCAUGACUCCAAAUUUUGCAUUUAUUCCUACUUGAGGUGCUCUUUUUUGACCGCAAGAUGAAUCUGAUACAAAGUCUGAGGUCCAGAAGUUCCUGUGUAUUUCUCUAUUUGAGAGUCUAAUGUUAACCCUCCACAUACCUUCUCCAGUCUAUCUGGCCAGCAGAUAUCACCCUGUCUUAGAAAUCAAAGCAGGCUCCUCAAAUUAGUUUUGAUAUUCAGAGAGGAAAAUGUGAGCAUUGAGAACCUCCCUGGAGUAAAAAAAAACCUACACUGUAUCAGCAAGCUGUGUAAACAGUAAGCAGCAUAAAAGAGUUAAC